UUGUCUCUCGCUCUUCGCCUCGCACUUAUUUUCUUGCGUCUCUCUCGGCCUCCUCACUCCCCUCUGUCUCUUCCCCUUAACAACACUAUCCUCCUGUAUUUACCUCUCAUUCUCUCUCACUUGCUCUCUUAUCCCUCCUUCUUUCUCUUUCCCAUCCCUCCAUCCCACACCCUCCCCCUCCUUCUCUCUUCCGCCCCCCCCCCCAAGGAUCAGGCGAAGGGAAUUUACUGCAGAGGCAGUGACUCAGGCAGCGCAUGCGCUUACAAAGAAGAACCGUUCGAAAACCUGAGAAUUUAUAAAAAAUAUAUAUUAUUUUUCUUUUGGCGAAUUCUGGUGUUUAAUUCGGGGUUUGUUUCAGUUAGUUGAGCGUUUAUUUUUUAAUAAUCGAGUCGUUUCCAGUAAAGAAUGUGAAUGUUCAAGAAAGUCGCUGGACUUUAGUUGGUGCAGUCUCGGAACGGGAGCCCCUGGUAGAGGGACCGAUUGUCCGCGGACGGAGCCUGUCUGCAGCUGCACGGAAGGUUCUGCCCGCCGGAACUGGAAAAGCCGCGUUUAAGGUGAAUCCGGCUGAUGGAGGGUUAAAUUCAGGUUGUCAACAGGUGUUUAAGACGGUGAGGCACAAGCAGAGUGGACAGUCAGCGCUUGUUUCCCAGGGUGGCAAAUUCCAGUACCAUGGACAACCGUUUAAGGAAGGAUAUGCGGGGCUCUGCGCUGCUGGUAUUUGUGCUGCUGUUGGGACCCGGAGUUUCUGCUCCUCUCUGGGACGACGAUCAAGAUGAAAUGAGUGCCCUCACCGUGACCACCGGGACGAAAGUUCCCCUGCGGGGUGUACUGGGGGGCUCGAUCACCAUUCCCUGCUUCGCCAGCUAUGCCUGGCGACCCCUGGCGCCAGCCGCCCCCAGGGUGAAGUGGAGCCUGAUCCGGGACGGCACCGAGUGGGACAUUCUGGUGGCCACGGUGCAGAAGGUGAAGGUCAACGAGAACUACCGGCGGCGGGUGGAGCUGCCUAACUACUUGGCGACCGCUACAGACGUCUCCCUCUCCAUCCACCGGCUGCUCCGCAACGACAGUGGCAUCUACCGCUGCGGUGUUCAACACGGCAUCGAGGACGCGCAGGAUCUGGCCCGGCUCCACGUCAAAGGGGUGGUGUUCCACUACCGAGAUGCGUCCGCCAGAUAUGCCUUCAACUUCAGCCGUGCGCAGCAGGCGUGUCGGGAUGCGAGUGCGCGCAUCGCCACCCCCGAGCAGCUGGAGGCGGCGUACGCCAGUGGCUACGAGCAGUGUGACGCCGGCUGGUUGUCAGACCAAACCGUGCGAUACCCCAUGCACACCCCGCGGGUCGGUUGCUAUGGAGACAUGGAUAAAUACCCUGGCGUUCGUAACUAUGGCACACAGGACCCCGAAGAAACGUAUGAUGUGUACUGCUAUGCUGAGGAAACAGGAGGUUUUCUCUCCAUGAGUACCACGGACAACCUCACCUUCCAGGAGGCUCAGCGGUUCUGCGAGAUGGGCAACCAGCGGAUAGCGACCGUGGGCGAGCUGUACGUGGCCUGGUCCGACGGCCUGGACCACUGCACGCCGAGCUGGCUAUCUGACGGCAGUGUCCGCUAUCCCAUUGUCACUCCCCGGGACCGCUGUGGGGGCCGAUUGCCUGGCGUCAAGACUCUCUACGCCUUCCGCAACCAAACAGGCUCCAUCGACCCUGCAUCGCGGCACGGAGUUUACUGCUUUAUAGAUCUGGAAGAGUGGCAUAUCAACGACAGCUAUGCAAUGGAUGUGGAGUACGAGGACCACGACUACCUGGAGACAUCGUUGGAGGAGCUGGAAUUUGAAGUUGGGACGGGAGGAGAUUACACGCCAACCGGGGAUGGACUAUAUCCCGACGAGACAACCCCGUCUACGAGAGCACCACCAGCCUCCGCGUCCCAGGCUAUUCAGAGUCGCCCCCAUGACUUGGCUUUUGCUGUGCCCAAGAUGGACGGCAACCCGACCUUCAUGUCCAUCACCCCAGCGACACCCCAGGACCUGCGAGGGGUCUCCGAUGGGCCAAAGCGAGACCAUCCCGAUGAGAGUCGGCCGACGCUCAGCACGGACGGCACCGAUCGCCCUCAAACAGAAGACCCUCUCGAUUGGUACGAAUACCCGGAGGAGGUCGGACAGGAGGUUGUAAUCGAGACACGGUUUCAGGCGCCGGUGGGGCGCGGCCCCCCGUCCGACAAGGACAGCACGGAGAUCCCAGGGUAUCCCGGAUUCGUACCCGGAGAAGGGAAGGGAACGGAAGGAGGACAGGAUGUCUUGGGAUCAACUGGCCCUUCCGCGGAGGUCUCCACCGCCCCCGGCCCAGCUGCGGAAGAGGACGGAGGCCCAGGGUGGACGGAGGCAGACGACGGUACCCCGACCAGGGGUGAAGGUGUCGGCCGCCGAGGCUGGACGGCGGGAGUGAGGCCCGAGCGGGCGAAGAGCAGCCCAGAUCCGCCGUCCGGUCCGCCUACUGACCGGGCCUCUUUGCCCACCUCCCGGCUUACCAGGAUGAGGAGCCAGAGCCCUCAUAGCAGUCGCCCCGAGACCUUGCGGCCCAUCGCGCUGGAAUGUCCCGGAAGUCCGGCCAACUGCGCUAGAGAAGGGAGCGGUGAAUCUGCAGGGCCGCCGGCUGCAGGGAGCCCGGGUUCGGGCUGGGGAUGGGCUGGGCUCACGCCGGCCGGCAGCGGAGUAUCUAACCCUGCGUCCUGGGACCCUCUUCGGACGGAAGCCUGGGACCAGGCCACUCCAGCGGGCGCAGGUUUGGCGGAGGGUUCCCUUCCCACUGCUUGGGCCUCGCCUCCCACCACUGGCCGCCAGAAGCCAGGGAUAUCGCCGGGACCCGCCACUAGUGCCACCCCACCCGAGUCCCGGCCCGGGCCUAAGCCCUGGCCCGAAUGCCUGCCCCCAGCCCAGCAACCCACCAGGCCCAGCGGAGCGGCGGCUGAGUCGGAGGGCAUCUCGCCGAGCCCGCCCACCGUAAUCCACGUGUCCCUUGGUCCCACGGCGCCGACCCAGCAGGACGCCCACGGACGGGCAGCGGAGCUGACAGGCUCCUGCUACCCAAAUCCUUGCAAGAACGGAGGUACGUGUGAGGAGAAGAAGGGGGGUUACGCCUGCCUCUGCCUCCCGUCCUACGCAGGCAGCCUCUGCCAUAAAGACGUGCAGACCUGUGAGCCGGGUUGGCUGAAGUUUCUGGGCAACUGCUACAAGCACCAGAAGGGGCGCCGCACAUGGGAAUCGGCGGAGGAAAGCUGCCGUCAGGAGGGCGGCCACCUCGCCAGCAUCCUGAACCCCGAGGAACAGCAGUUCAUUAAUGAUAACUUCAAGGAAUACCAGUGGAUCGGAUUGAACGACAAGACGAUCGAGAAUGACUUCCAGUGGUCGGACGGGAACCAGCUGCUCUACGAGAACUGGUACAGCGGUCAGCCGGACAGCUUCUUCUUGUCCGGGGAGAACUGUGUGGUGAUGAUUUGGCAUAAGGGCGGCCAGUGGAGUGACGUCCCCUGCAACUAUUUCCUGGCCUUCACCUGUAAGAAGGGGCUCAGCGCCUGCGGUUCCCCGCCGGUUCCGCAGCGGACUCGGAUACUUGGCAAGACUAGGCCGCGUUACCCGGUCGACUCGGUGGUGAGGUACGAGUGCACCGAGGGUUUUGUCCAGCAGCAGCGGCCCACCGUCAGGUGCCGGGGCGACGGCAGGUGGGAGAGGCCACGGAUUGUCUGCACACCGGCCUCCAGGUACGUUCGUAACUGGCGGACAGGGAACAGUAGCUCUCCCGAGGCUCCCGGGCGCGUAACCGGCUCUCACUGAUCCGCUUCGACAGUGCCGCAGAGUCUCUUACUAACCCAUUCGGAACAGCCGCAGCCCGAGCCUUGCGUCUCCUUCGCAGCGCCGGCGUGACACCGGAGGGAGUGCUCCUGCUCCGAGGGGCAGACAUUUACCAGGAAUCAGGAGCCCCUGUGCUGCUCUGCCGCCGUCUCCUGGCCUGCACCGGCUCCCUCUUUCCUCUUGGGCGCGGGAUGGUGGAGAGAUAUCAACUAAAGCUGGGAAGGAAUGACCCGCCUCUCCUCAGACACCUCGUUCACUCAUCUCCACUGCUGCUCUCAUGCCCGAGCUUCCUGCAACAUUCCCAGUCUCCUACAUCCGCUCCGAGUUUCCCCAUUGCCAGCACUCCCUGACUCCCGCUUUCAUUCGCGUCGCGCCCACCGGCUUCACGUCUCAACACCCACAGCGAAACCCGUCCAGAAAAUGCCGCUGGGAAUAUCCAUAUGGAAUAAUCACAGCGUUAAAGGGGACGCAUCCCUGGGAGGGUUAAUUGAAAGCUGAAUUAGUCAAUGUCCUAAGUCUCAGAGCGCCUUUUGGAGCAGCAUACAGAGAGCUUCACACUGUGUCUCAUCCCGGGAGUAUGUGGUGGGGCAGUAUACAGGGAGCUUCACUGGAUGUCUGACUGCGGGAGUGUGCAAUGAGACAGUGUGGUCGGAGUUUCACUCUGUGUCCAACCCCGGGAGUGUGCGAUGGGACAGUGUGGAGGGAGUUUCACUCGGUCUCCGACCCUGAGAGUGUGCAAUGGGACAGUGUGGAGGGAGUUACACUCUCGCUGACCAUGGGAGUGUGUGAUGUGAUGGUAUGUAGGGAGAUUCAUUCUAUCCCUGAGGCGAGACUGUGUAAUGAGACAAUGUAGACGUAAAGGGAGCUUCACUGAAUCUCUAAGUCGCACACUGGCAACUAUUUGUGAAGGGAGAUCCCAAUCUAAAUUGAACAGAUUGAAGGUUUCCGCCGCUGCCCUUGACGUUUGAGCGGUGUUUUGCCGUGUCCGUGAACCGAGUACACCCCCCGCCCUGUGUGAAUUAUUACGAGCGGACGUUCCGAGCAGGACUCUGUGUCGCACCGUGUCAGGCGCCCACACCUCAUCCGCGAGGGGGAGACUGAGCUGUCGGCUUCAGGAAUUUUCAGCCAACGAUUUCAAUGGUAACAUUUUUUUCUCGACUUGCAAUAAAAUUUGUGAAAUAA